GGGGAAGGGGCGGAGCCAUCCAAAACGAAGAGCCUUUCGUGGACCGUCAGAUGUGGUGGGGCGGCCACUUCGGGAAGGGCCUGGGGUUUCAGAAGAAGGCAAAGCUAGCCUUGCGGCGAAGAAGGAGCCCAGCUGGCUCCAGGCUGUAAGACUGAGGGGUCGAAGGAAAGGAGGUAGGGCCUCAAACCAAACCUGCGGAGCAAGCCAAGGCCUGGGUACUUGCCAGAGGAAAAGGUUCCCGUUUCCAAGGCAACGGACCAGGAAGCGCGCAAGACGUCCGCCGCAGAUGUUUUGUAGAUUAAUUCUUCAUUGAUUACAUAAGACAGCAAUAUAGUUAUGGCGACUUUCCAGCCUUUCAGAAACAGUCACAUGAAGACUAGAGCAUCUGUCAGAAAAAGCUUCAGUGAAGAUGUAUUCCAGUCCAUAAAGUCAUUACUACAGAGUGAGAAGAAACUGUGCAGUAUAUCAGCAGAGGACUGUUUAAAGCAGGAUGAACGUGCCAAUUUAACUGAGGUCACCUUUCUGGGUUUUAAUGAAGAGACAGAUGCUGCUCAUAUACAGGAUUUAGCUGCAGUUUCUUUGGAACUUCCAGAUCUUCUGAAUUCACUUCACUUCUGCAGUCUAAAUGAAAAUGAAAUUAUUUGUAUGAAGGAUAUAAAUAAAUCAUCAGAUAUAAGCAGUGGUCCUCUAAAUCAGAGCCGUCAUUCUGAAAUGCUUUGUGUCAUGAGAGUGUCACCUGCAUUACCAAGACUCAGAAUUGAUUUCAUCUUUAGUCUCCUAAGUAAAUAUGCUACUGGUAUGAGAUACACCCUGGACACGUACUCGCAUCAGAAGUGCCAACUUGAGACCACUGAUGAAGAUGAUGAUGAUACUAACCAGUCCGUGUCUUCCAUAGAGGAUGACUUUGUCACUGCUUUUGAGCACUUAGAGGAAGAAGAGACUUCAAAGCCAUUUAGUGAUGGAAUAAACAUCACUACACUUAGAAGCCAGUGUGAUGCUGCUGCGCAGACUGUUUCUGGUCCUCAUUUAGAAACCGAUGAUUUAAGGAUUCUGGUUAGCUCCGGACGGCAGAAGUCAUUAGCUAAACCCUCAACUUCCUUAACAAAUGUUCAGGGACAUAAAGAACUACCUUCUGUGAAAACUUCAGUCACAACAUCAAUUUCAGAGCCUUGGAUCCAAAAGAGUUUCUAUAGGUCAUCUAAUACUUCAGAUAAAGGUGAUGAUAUACAGAAAAUGUUUUUUUCUUCUUCUCCUGCCUACUCAUCUGAAUCAGAAUGCUCAAGUCCAAGUCCUGUUAUUUUCUUGGAUGAAGAGGGAUAUCAAAAAAGUUUAAAAGCAAAACUUGAGCUCCCUAAAAUUCCUGUGAUGAAAGAUGAUAUAGAGGAUUCAGACUCAGAAGUAAGUGAAUUUUUUGAUAGUUUUGAUCAAUUUGAUGAAGUAGAACAAACUCUAGAGACUUCCUGUCUGUUUAUAAAAGAUCCUGUCAUAGAGAAGUCAUCACAAAAGAAAGGGCACAAACAUGGAAAAUCUUGUAUGAAUCCUCAAAAAUUUAAAUUCGAUCGUCCAGCUCUCCCAGCUAAUGUUAGAAAGCCAACUCCUCGUAAACCAGAAUCUCCAUAUGGUAACCCGUGUGAUGCUCCAGAUUCUCCUCGCCCAGUGAAGGCAACUGGGGAAGAUAGUGGUUUAUUUAGCCCUAUUCGAUCCUCUGCAUUUAGUCCUCUUGGAGGCUGCACUCCAGCUGAGUGUUUUUGCCAAGCAGAUAAUGGUGGAGAUAGGAUUCAUGAAAAUCAUGAUUCUAUUUAUUAUACCUAUGAAGACUACGCAAAUAGUGUUUCCUGUGAAGUACUAGGCUCAGUUCUUUAUACCCAACAUGCUAAUGCCAUAUCAAACGUUAAUAGUUCUGAAAUUGGAGAAAAUAAAACUGUAGCUCUUAAGCAUGGAAACCUUGAUCAAAAAAGUAAAUCUAAAAAUAAAUCCUUAAUGAUUAAAGAUAGCAUUCAAAAAUUUGCAGCAGAUCUUGUGGAAAAAAGUUUUGGCAGUGCAUUUAAAGACUUACAGAAAGGAGUCUCUUCAUGUACCAAUGCAUUGUGCCACUUAGCCAUCAAAUUGACAUCAUCCGUUUUUCAGAUGGCAUUUAAUGAACUGAGAAGGCAGCAUGCAUUUUCACUGAAAGAACGUGCCAUUAGUGGCCUGGCUAAUUUUUUGGUGAGUGAAGCUUUAUCAAAUGCCUUAAAAGAUUUACAGUAUGUAAAGAAGCAGAUAUUUACAAACACAGUUGCCAGGUUUGCUGCAGAUCUUGCUGAAGAACUUGUUUUCGAAGGCAUCAUGGAAGUGUGUCAGUUUUCAUAUCCUCCAACCCCUGCAUCUCCACAGUGUGGGUCGUUUGACUUUGAAGACAAAGUAGUGAAGUCGUAUGCAAAAGAUUUGUCUGAAUCUGUAAUACAGGAAGCAUUCAUUGAGCUAUCACAAGUUGAUGUGACCUUCACAACAAAGGCAGCGGUUAGUGUCUCUACAGAUAACAUCAAGUACGCCAGCGCAGAAAGUGUAGUGCCAUUGGCACAAACCAUCACGUUUUCCCCUUCUUUUCACAAUCAAGCAAUUAUGGUGACAAAACCAAUGCAGGAAUAUAAAAAGGAAUACACAGUGCAGCAGGCCUUGUUUUGUACUUCUGGAAUUGCUACUUCUAUACCAGUGCCCUUGGCAGGAAGUGCCCUUCUCCCAUAUCAUAUUUCAUCUGAUGUGUAUCAGGCAAAGUCUCAUCUGUCAUCUGAUGAUAGUAUUUCAAAUGGUGAUUCUACCCAGGCGCAUGUUACCACAAAAAACAAUGAAGAGGAAGUAGCUUGUCUCCGAAAUAUUUGCUUACCUUCAGAACACAAUCCAGGUAACCAGAAGGAUUUUAAACCAACUAACGAUGAUAGUGAAAUGCAAAGUUCUUCAAAAUUAACAAGUGAUCCUGUGAUUAUUAGCAACUUUUCUGCAGCAAUGGUGCAUACGAUAGUAAAUGAAACUUUAGAGUCAGUGACAUCAUUUGAAGUCACAAAAACAGUUGAUGAACACACGGAUUAUUUAACAAAAUCAACAGAGGGAAAAAACCCUUCCCACUGUGAUCAAGCAACACUGCAACAGAGUGAAGCUAAUGAUAAGGAUGUGUUUGCUGACCAGUUAUCUAAAUCUAUUAUUAAACAGUCUAUAGAUAAAAGCAAAUCAGUGAUCCCAAAUGUAGAUAAAAGUGCAGCAUAUAAGGAAAGCUUGCCUGUUCCUGGAGAAGAAUCACAGUUCACACUGGAAAAGUUCCCCAAAUUUCUUGACUCUCAAGAUCACAGAAGUCACUGUUCACUUUCAGUUGGAAAGGAUUGUGUUCCAGGAUGUAAAGGUUCUAUGGUUCAUGGAUUUUCUUUAGAGACACUACCACCUUGUCUAACUACGGUGGAUCAGAAACCUGAUUUGAAGGAACUUGCUAAGGAUAAACCAAUGAAAAAGCAUAAUUUGAAAAAUACAUCACUUGAGCCCUUUUCUUUUGGACAGGAAAGCACCUUUCCUCAUUCACAUACAUUCUCCUCGGCAGUGCUUACUUGUGUAGAUGGUUUGCAUGUGGAAGAUAAACAGAAAAUCAGAGACAGAAAUGUAAUACCUGAUACUCCUCCAUCAACUCCUCUAGUACCAUCCCAGGCUAGUUCUGAAUGGGAUAUCAAAAAGUUAACUAAAAAGCUCAAGGGGGAGUUGGCCAAAGAAUUUGCUCCCGCUACACCACCUUCUACACCUCACAACUCAUCUGUUGGUAGUUUGUCUGAAAAUGAACAAAAUAGUAUAGAAAAAGAAGAGUUUAUGUUGAAACUCAUGCGAUCUCUUUCAGAAGAAGUUGAGAGCAGUGAAGGUGAAGAGCCUUCCGAAGUAGACGUGAAGUCAGAGCACUCAGGGAAGAAAGUUCAGUUUGCAGAAGCAUUAGCUACACACAUCAUUUCUCUUGCAACUGAAAUGGCAGCUUCCCAUUUAGAUCAUAAAACAAUUCAAGAACCUAAACUUAACAGACCUUGCAUAAAUGCACAAAGUCAAAGAAGUAUAUCACCUACUUUUUUAAAUCACUCAGCUGAACAUUUACAAACAUUAUGCAAUUUUGCAGGUGAUAUGGCAGCGGAAGUCAUUACUGAAGCUGAAAAAAUGGCAAAAGUUAAAAGUUGUGUGCUUUUCAGGCAAAAGAACAGUUGUUAUGUUGAUGGUGACCAAGAUUAUAGAUCAGAAGAGAAUUUGGACAUAGAGGCCCUAGCACACCCAAGAGAAGUAGAUCCAUUUGUUCUUUCAUUACCACCAAGUUCUUGUAUGUCAGGUCUGACAUACAAAUAUCCCAGCUGUGAAAGUGUGACAGAUGAAUACGCAGGUCACGUUAUCCAAAUACUAAAACAGGAAGGCGGUAAUAGUGAGUUAAUAAUGGAUCAGUAUGCCAAUAGACUUGCCUACCGAUCUGUGAAAUCAGGAUUGCAAGAAGCAGCUAAGACAACCAAAGUGAAGUGCAGCUCAAAAAUGUUCCCUGUGCAAAGCUUACAGGGGAAAACAAACAAGGAACUGCUGAUGUUCUCAAAUAAAGACUACCACCAUGUACAUAAAAAAAGACAAAGUAAAAGAAAUGGCAGUAAAAAUCAAACUGGUAACUUUUGUAAAAAUCAAACUUGUGAAAGGAUCCAGGAUACAUAUGGAAAUGAGUGCUCUGAACUGUAUAGUUUUUCAACUUCUCUUGCUCACAGCAUAGCAAGAGAUGUUAAAAAAGAGUUUAUAGCAUCUACAGUUGGCUUGCCAAAAUCCUUAACAGAUUCUUGCCUGUAUGAAAAAUCAGUAUGUGAUGAAGAUACUGAAUGUCACGUUGAACCAAAAUUACCUGAGUCUCUUCAGCCUUCCUCGCAAAAUCAUAGGUUUUACCACAGUACAGGCAGCUUAAAUGGAGAGAAUGUUGUUCAAGCUAUAGAACAGUAUGCUAAAAAAGUAGUGGAUGACACUUUAGAGCUAAGUUUAGGAUCUACAGUUUUCCAAGUGUCUGAGACCACAAAAUCAGUGGACAGGAUCACUUAUGCAGAAAAGUUGUCGCCUCUUAUAAGUCAAGCCUGCAGAUAUUGUGACCUUAAAGAACUCCAUGAUUGCACCGGAAAUUCAUCUCACCACUUUUUCAGACAGCGUUCACUUACAUGUAGUAAGCCAGCUUCUAAUUCAAAAUUUAGCAGCAUCUAUCAGAAAUCUAGAAUUUUUCACCUCGAUGUCCCUCAAAUUCAUGUUAAUCUUGAUAAGACAGUGCUUGCUGAGAAGAUAGUUGCUGAAGCUGUUGAAAAAGCAGAGCGAGAGCUGAGCAAUGCCAGCUUGGCGGCUGACAGUGGCAUUGGACAAGAUGGUGCCAGCUUUGCUGAGAGCCUUGCCACAGAAAUAAUGACAUCAGCUGUGGCGAAUGUCGGACAUGCUGUUAGCAGUUCAAAAGAAAUAGAAGACUUUCAGUCAACUGAGUCUUUUGAUAGCCAGCAGAUGAAUCUCAGUAUUGGUGAUGACAGCACUGGUAGCUGGUCCAAUUUAAGUUUUGAAGAUGAACACCAAGAUGAAAGCAGUAGUUUUCAUCAUCUAAGUGAAAGUAAUGGUAACAGCAGUAGCUGGAGCAGUCUUGGUUUAGAAGGAGAUUUGUAUGAGGACAAUUUAUCCUUUCCAACAUCAGACAGUGAUGGACCAGAUGAUGAUAAAGAUGAAGAGCAUGAGGACGAUGUAGAAGGUCUGAGGCCAGAAGGAAAGACUCUGCUGAUUACGAAUAUUGACAUGGAGCCGUGCACAGUAGACCCCCAGCUAAGGAUUAUUCUUCAAUGGCUUGUUGCCUCUGAGGCUGAAGUUGCAGAACUUCAUUUUCAUGACUCUGCAAAGAAGGAGUUUAUACUACUUUCAAAACGAUUACAAGAAAAAGGGUGGAAAGUGGGAGACCUUCUGCAAGCUGUGCUUCAGUACUACGAAGUGAUGGAAAAAACUGCCGGCGAGGAGAGAUGCAAGUCACUGUUUGAUUGGCUCUUGGAAAAUGCAUAGAACAAACCCCAAACCAGUGUGUUAUAGUAUUUGUUUUGGGAGGGGAAGAAACAGAUAAAGAUGCUUAGGAUAAAA